AGCGAACGAUAUUUUAAUCUAAAGAUUCACGAUGACUGACGUAAACAAUUUAAUUCUUCUCAUAUCGAGGCUACAGGGAGACCUAGACGAAACUCAACGCAGACUAAAAGCUGAGACAUUGGAAAAAGAAAGGGCCCUCACGAGGCUCAGUUCAAUAGCUGGAACAAAACUUACAUAUAACAACCCUGGUAUCACCGAUCUCUCAGACAAGAACAGACCACAGAAAAUUGGUGAAAAUUUCAAUGAACUUUACGACAAUGAGUGGACAGAGGCUGUUGACCAGCUAUCGGAGGAUCACGGAGAGGAAGGUGCGGUACAAAUGCUCAGGGAGGCUCUUAAGUUCAUUGCCAACAAAACAAAGAGCUCAGCUGACAAGCAGUACAAGAAUUUACAAGAGGCGUUGUUUCAGAGAGAUCUGAGAGAAUCCGAGGCUGGAAAUUUUAUGACAAUCUACAAGAAAAUCAGCGAUCUACAAAAGGAUGUCUCCAGUAUCUCUGUGGCUAAUGCUAAAAAGUUUCUGAAGGAGGAUACAAAAUUUGUGUCAAAGUAUAAGGACGUGUUAUUUGGUUGUGAAGCCUUCGUAUACAGAUGUAUAGAACUGUGUUGGAUGAUGCAUAUCCAGGACCCACCCAUGUACUUAAAAUUUGAAUCUCCAAAUGUCAUUGACAAAAACAUAUUCAGAUUGUUUACAAGAAGUGGAGAACGUCCUGACUACGUGGUUUGGCCCGCGUUAUUAUUACAUGAAGAUGGACCUCUUGUUCAAAAGGGCGUAGUCCAACCUGUUAAAUCGAACACUGCUGGUAAAAAUUCAACACCGAUAACAUCAGAAAGGACGAUUAAUAAGUGAAAAGUUGAAAGGUUGAAAAAGCACUUGAUUCAGAAUAAGAUUUGCCAUAAAGAACAGUGUACAGUCUCAUACUGGGAACUUUGACAACAAAGAAUAUACGAAAACCCAAACAGCAUUUAUACGCAUUAAAAUGUCUUGUCCACAGGGAACUGUUUAAAUCGAGGGACAUGUUGCAUAGACUGAGAAGACACAAACUCGAAAUAUCUCGUAAAGCAAGACACCAUCCUCAACCUAAAUGUUCCCUUGACACAAAAUUUGAAGCUAGUCAUUAUGUUAGUUUUUAUGAACGUGAAAUCGAAAAUCUGUAAAGUCCCUUGGCUAAAAAAAUU